CGAAAGGAAAUUUAAAAUGACUGGAUUCUGGAUUUCAGUUUUGGUCUUUAGCACCAUGUAUCCAGUCCAGUCUGGUAGACACCGGGUUACUGCACAAUCCUCAGAGUCAGAUGUUUAUCAGCCUGAUAAGAAACUCAUCGUGGAUAUCGGAGACUCGGCGACUCUGCAGUGUUAUAUUUUUGAAGUCGAAGUUGAAGAAAUGAUCUUUUUUAAGCAACAAAACAGAAAACAGCCUCGAAUAAUCGUCAGAUUCUUUAACGCUGCUCGAGAAACAUUUUACAAUGAAUUCCAAAAUCCUCGUUUCCAGAUUAAAAAACAUACAAACUGCUUCAAUCUGACCAUUUUAAACACCACGCUGUCUGAUGAAGCCGUGUACUACUGUGCACUGACGAGACCCGACCCUGUGUUUGGAGAAGGAACUGAUUUAAAAUUUAAAGGUCAGAGUUUUACCACUGAAUCAGAAACAUCGAAACCAGCUCUGUGUGAUCACAACACGAACAUGAACACACAAGAGAAAACAGAAGUGACCAGAUCUCUCCACUCCUCAGUGCUCGGUUUGGGAACGGCUUUGGGUUUGUGUGCACUUCUGAUUUUCUGUCUCAUUUAUUUCAUCCUGAGGAGAAGAAAAUGGGAUAAAAUGAAGGCUUCAACAGAAGGUUCAGCAGGAACGAGGGAGGACUCUCAUGUCGACUCCUGGACUUACGCAGCUUUACAGUUUCCCAAGAAGGGAAGUGGAGUUUGUUUCUCAGACAAGUUGGUGUACUCUGAAGUGAUGUAUAUGAAACUGUAAAAUAUUAUACAACU